CAUAUUUUGCUGACGACUUGUUGUCUCUUCUUUGGAUUGUGUACAUUACCUGUUCAUUUGUGCUGCAGGUACAUCUACUGCGCUUGUCGUUGAAAUUUUGAGUUUGUAUUCCAGUGAUGUGCAUUACGUUUUUCUAGUUUCUUCCUCAUUCCGAAAAUUCAAUUUAAAAACAGUAUUGUGAUUUAUCAAUGUUGAGGAUCUGGCUUUAUAGCAUGGUGAUUCGUCACUUUUUAUCUUAUCUGUCGGCUGAAUUAUCCGGUCGUACACUUGCUGUUCUUUCGGCGACACACACGCGGUUCAAUUGUUGCGGAUCUUGUGAUUAUGCUGUGGCACACGGUGCGUUGAGAUAGCGAGCGUCAUUCAACGGGAUACUUGAAGUUCGCUGCGAAUACCUUUGCACUUGGAGCAUGCAUCCUCAUUUCCGGUGAGAAUUGUGCAGCCACUUGACUGCUGCUCUCACCGUGUUUUGAUUAGCGGUGGUCUCACUGCUUUGCCGCUCGGGCCUUUGUUGAUCCAGCGCGUCGCGUACGAUAUCCACGGAAUAGCCGCGCGCUAGCUGAGACAUUAAAACGGGAUCGGCGGCGACGACUGUACCCGUCCAGUUUUUAAAUCCGAAUACGUUGUCCACCGAAUCUGUUUCCGGGAACGCAGGAGGACAAGUGCGCACAUUUUACGGAUCACUGGGCCAGAUUAGUGAUACCGGAACGAUGCCUGCAUCGCGGAGGACGUCUGACAUCAGCUUGAAGACUAUGCGGAUGAGUCGGAAAAAACGCAUAACGAUGGUGGCCGGAGUGUCCCUGUUGGUGUUGCUCCUCUCCACCGGCAUUGUCGUGGGCACGUAUUAUGGCGUGAAAAAUAAUAAUGUGCGGGAGGAGCACAAAGAAUUCCCUGGCGCCGUGGAUACGGAUAUUCCUCCGUCCAACUCCACCCUGGGUAAAUUCUCCCAGCAGGCGGUGGCGGCGGAUGCAGCGGAAUGUUCUGUGAUGGGAAAUGAUAUUCUGAAGAGCGGCGGAAAUGCCAUUGAAGCGGCCAUUACGACGGCCUUGUGCAGCGGCGUUUACCAUCCACACAGUUGCGGCAUUGGUGGCGGCUUUUUCAUGGUGAUUUAUGACCGGCGAUCGGGAAAUUCGACGGCGAUUGAUGCGCGGGAAGUGGCACCGGCAGCGGCGACACAGUUAAUGUUCGUGGAAAAUAAGAAUAUAUCCUCCAUCAAAGGCUGGCAUGCUGCUGGAGUUCCUGGUGAAAUCGCCGGCUUGUGGGCAGCGUAUGAGUAUUCCAAAUCAAUCGGUGGCCGGUUGUCCUGGAGUGAUUUGUUUCAACCAGUAAUUAAAGUCUUGGAAGAGGGCGUCCGAAUUAACCAUAUCCUGGCCAGCGCCAUCCGAGACGCCAGUAAGGACAUCCUGCAGUACGACGAAGGUCUGACUGAAUUAUUCAGCCGGAACGGAACUGUUUUCGUUGAGAACGAUAUGUACACAAACAAAGAUUUGGCGGCUACGAUGCGAAAAGUUGCCAAUGAUCCGCGCGGCGUUGAAGAGUUUUACCGCGGUGCGAUCGCUCAGGAUUUGGCAAAAGACAUCGCAGAAGGAGGAGGUAUAAUCACUCUCCAGGAUUUGAAUUCGUACGUCGCCAACAUCAAGCCGGCUCUGAAAUCUGUUCUGAAUGACGGUUCCUCCGUUCUCGGGGUGCCGCCACCCGCUGGCAGUCUGAUCAUGCAGUACAUCGUCCAGUUGAUGGACGGUUAUUACGGGCUGAACGGAAACGCGACCAUUGAGUGGAAAACGGCCGAACAAUCGGAGCGCGAUCUGUAUAAUCAGCGCUUCACCGAAGCCAUGAAAUUCGGUUAUGCUCGCCGUACUGAAAUGGGCGAUGAGGACUUCGUACCGGACGUGGAUAGAAUGAAGCAAGUCCUGCUUUCUCCGUGGUUUGCCAGCCUAACGCGUCGUCAGAUCAUGGAGGACAAGACAUCCCAAGACCCCCGUACAUAUGGUAUUCGCACCAUGUCUCGAAUCGGUAAACAUGGGACAUCGCAUUUAUCUGUGGUGGACAAAAACGGGAAUGCGGUUUCGCUGACUACGACCAUUAAUACACACUUCGGCUCACGGCGCGUCUCCAGACAGACGGGCAUCAUCCUCAACAACGAAAUGGAUGACUUCAGUGUCAAUCCGCAUGAGCCGAACUACUAUGGUCUGCCGCCGUCGCCAUCCAACUUCAUCGCGCCCGGUAAACGACCGCAGUCCAGCUGCUCACCCACCAUCGUCACGGAUCCCAGUGGCAACGUUAACGUUGUCAUUGGCGCAUCCGGUGGUUCUCGCAUCAUCUCUGCCACUGCUAAUGCUUUAUCGAGAAUUUUAUACACCAAGCAGAAUGUCAAAGAAUCCAUUGAUGCUCCACGAUUGCACCAUCAGUUGCUUCCCAUGCAAGUAGAGUACGAACCGGGAAUGCGACAGGAUGAUCUGCGAACGCUAUCCAAUAUCGGACAUAAAUUACGGAUGGUUGAAUUUCCUUACGCCGUAGUACAGGGCAUUCAUCGCCUGCCUGACGGGAGCUUGCAAGCAAACAGUGAUCACCGCAAGGCAGGAUCACCGGCUGGUGAAUAAAUACGACUGUUGUCACUGGAUGGGGAUUUUUUUGAUUUUUUACCAAAGAUGUGGGAUGUUGGCGUGAGUCCGUCCGGGUGGCGACCGAAGAUGUUCCUGAUCUAUUUUUCUGAUGAUGAUGUGUUUCGGCAGCCAUCCUUGUGAUUGUUAAAUUAUUUCGUACUGCCUUGGGUUGUGGUAGUGGUUCUGUCGGAAUGGCGCCAGUUUGUACUUGUUGUUCCUGUAUCAUGAACUCAAAGUAUCUGUAUUUGCUGUUUCAAAAUAGGUGUUAAAUAUUGGUAUGUAAUUGUAUUCUACAUGUACAGAAUAAAGGGUAAAACAUGA